AUGUCUAUUCGAGCCACUACCUCUCUCGGCGGUACUGCAUCUAAUGUCACCAUUGGUAAAGUAGCUCAUGGAUUGAUGAUGAUGACAUGGACACCCGAGCCAGUCCCAGACGAACAGUGUUUUGAGGCUAUCAAGGCUGGCGUGGACGCCCUUCCUCCUGGCACAAAGAUGUUCCUCAACGGAGGGGAAUUCUAUGGGCACAAUUUAUCAACCGCGAACCUCGAGAUGAUCGCCCGGUUCUUCGAAAAGUAUCCCGACUACGUAGACAAGACCUUCUUGUCUAUCAAGGGAGGACUAAAGCCUGGCGUACAGGCACUGCCCGACGGCUCACCCGCCAACUUGAGACGAAGUGUCGAGCUCAUCAAUGAGAAACUUCGCGGCACCAAGCGCCUUGAUUUGUUCCAGAGCGCUCGUGUAGACCCCAAUGUCUCUUUGGAAGAGUCGAUCAGGACCCUUGUUGAACUCAAGAAUGAGGGUAAACUAGACCAUAUUGGCAUGUCGGAAUGCAGCGCUGACACUCUGCGGCGUGGUAAUGCUGUACACCCCAUUGCUGCUGUCGAGAUUGAGGUCAGCCCAUGGGAAUACGGAGAGGAGGCCAAAAAAGUCAUUGCGACUGCCGAAGAGCUAGGUAUUGCUGUUAUCGCAUACUCUCCGCUUGGUCGUGGGUUUUUGACCGGUCAAAUCAAGAGGCCUGAGGACAUUCCGGAGGGAGAUUUCCGCCGCUUAUUGCCUCGUUUCCAGGAAGAUAACAUUAAACACAACUUCGCUAUUGUUGAUGCGUUGACUGCGAUUGCGAGGAGCAAGAAUAUCACCUCUGCUCAACUCAGCAUCGCUUGGGUUGCAUCGUUGGCCAAGCAUGUCAUCCCUUUGCCCGGUUCCUCGCAUGCCAAGCGCACUCUAGAGAAUUGUGCUGCAGGAUAUAUCGAGUUGUCUACGGAAGACAUCGCAGAAAUUAACGGUGUUAUCAGUGCUGCCGACGUCAAGGGUCACAGGUAUGGCCAUCAGGCAAAGUUCCUCUGGGGUUAGAUGGUUUCUUGGCUUUAGGCUCUAGUCGGCGAAUCGGACCAUUCAAACUGUAUUUGUAUUUGACUUUGGGCCGCUUUAUGUGAAACAAAUACCGUUUCUUGAAAGUGAUUUACCUAAGGUCCGCCAUAUG